AGUACGCACACUACUCUCCAGCUAUGUCCUCCCGCGCGGUGUACCUGUCAAUCCAUCACAUACGCAGGAGUCUUGGGACGCAAGUUGCACCCUAUAACAUCAAUAUCCUGCCGAGUCCUUUUCCAUAACCGCUCUUCCCUCAGCGUCCUAUUGCAACGAUUUUAUUCUCGUCGACGGAGUCUGGCAAAGCAACUGAUCGUUGAGCAUCAUGGAACCAUUACCCAACAUAUGGUAUCUUCGGACGAUAUGCGGGCUUCUUGUGAUUGCGGCGGUUGCAUAUCCCAGUUUCUAUCAGCCCGUGCUGACGGCAACGUACAAUUAUCUUUACUCUUCUUCAUUCUAUCGGCUGUCCUCAUUCGAAACGAUCCUUACCAUUCUCAGCUAUGGAAUCAUUGAACCCGGUUUCACGUACCAGUUCGCACAUAGGCCUGACCUUCGCAUCGACGUCCGGCCAGGAACACCUCAAGUCUUACCAAAGGCAACUGGCAAAAAGUCCAGUAACACAACACAUCUAUGUGAUGAGAGGGUAGCGAUGCCGCAGCUGCCAAAAAUGAAACGGCCAUCCAAGCGUCUGAGAGAUAUCUUAAUCUACGCCGGGCCAUUACUCCUCUUGGAUCUCACCAUGAUCAAGAAGUUUGCUAAUACACCGAUCAACGACAUCCGCGUAUCUGGAGGCUACUCGCCUAUCUCCCCAGCUUUCGUUGAGCCUGUUUCGGGAGGCAUCCCAAGCUUGAACGGAACUGGAGGUCCAUCAAAAUCAAUCUCGACUUCUUUCCUCCUCCCCACGCUUCACAACUUCACCAUAUCCUCACCACUGCAGCUGGAGCGGGCUCUUCCGCCCGUGCCGCCGACCUCACGACGCUUGGUUCUGGAACUCUUCACUUCCUUUUUCAUCUACGAUGCCGUGUUCUUCCUGUGCCACCUGUGCUUCCACCGCGUUCAUUUCCUGGCCAAACACCACGCCUCUCACCACAAACAUCAAGAAAUUCACCCGCAAGUGACGAACCAGUUGUCCAUCAUCGAGCGUCUGUCUCUCGUGCUGUUGGCCAAUUUCAGCCUCAACAUCAUUAAGAGCCAUGUCCUGACCCGAACGAUAUUUAUCCCAAUCUUCGUCACAUUACUGGUACAGGUGCACAGUGGCAUGGACCUGCCCUGGGGAUACGACAAGUUCCUGCCACAAGGCUGGGCAGGCGGAGCUAGAGAUCAUUCCAGACACCAUCGCACAGGCGAAGGCGGCUACGCCCCAUUUUUUACUUGGUGCGAUCAAGCUCUGAAUGCCGGGGAAAGGUGGCUUUGUCCUCCAGGAAGCAAGCACAAGUCGCCUGGACCGAAAAACGUCUCGCUAGAAUGA